GGAUCUACUCUGCCAAAUCGCUCAGCUGCAGGAGGAGAACAAGAGCCUUCUGGACAAUGUGUCCCUGCGAGACUCUGCGAGUGACGACGACCUGCAGAGGACCGAUGGCAUGAGCGAGCGUGAGCGUCAGGUGAUGAAAAAGCUGAAGGAGGUCGUGGACAAGCAACGGGACGAGAUCCGGGCCAAAGACCGCGAGCUCACGCUCAGGAGCGAAGACAUCGAGGCGCUCCAGCAGCAGCAGUCCCGCCUCAUGAAGAUAAACCACGAUCUGCGCCACAAGAUCUCGGCGGUGGAGGCCCAGGGCAAAGCGCUGAUUGAGCAGAAGGUGGAGCUGGAGGCCGGCGCGCAGACCCGCGGCCAAGAAGUGGGAGCCCUGCGACAGGAAGUGGCGCGCUUGCGGGAGCGGCUAAAGGGUGACAUCCGGGAAGCUCCGCCCCAGCCCCCCUCGCCGGCCGAGGAGGCCAUGUGCGAUGACGACAUGCCUGCUGUGUACCAAUAUUUCACUAAGGAGGCGUUGUGCCAGGAGGACACAACCACGGAGCUUCCGGACUUCAAGGACCCCAACCGGGCCCGGUUCACCCUGCAGGAGUUGCGGGAUGUCCUGCACGAGCGCAACGAGCUCAAAGCCAAAGUCUUCUUGCUGCAGGAGGAGCUGGCCUACUACAAAAGCGACGAAACGGAAGAAGACACGGCCUCUCCUAGUCCCGAGCCCGAAUCCAGGACGCGAUCGCGCUCUGCUGUGCAGCCAGAGUCUGGGAUCAAACGCCUGUUUAAUUUGUUUUCCCGUGACAAGCAGCGGAGUUGGCAGCGUGGCAACGCGCAUGACGACGCGUUCACCGAACAAGCGCAGGAGGCCUUACCGCACGUUUAGCUGUCACCUCUGAGACCCAACCCCACCCCCUUCAAACAAAGGUCGUUAUUAUUUAUGCGUUUUUCCCAUGGACCCGAUCCCUUCAAGCAUAACUGUGACACACGGUGUGCAAAUGAGGCAUUAUUCAAUUCUCUUCCCUGGUGUUUACACAUACGGCUCUUGAAACGCUGAAAAGGGGGACCUACAGCCAAUCAUAGCAUUUUCUUGGAAACAAAUUACGGUGGGUUCAUAAUAGAAGUUUGCCAGUUCAAGCCCUGGAAUUGUCUCCAAAAUGGCUGCUUCAAACCAGACUGUCCCGAAGUCUGCUUCCAUUUCCGCCGGGGGUCCUUGAGACUUUCUGGUGCGUCCCGUUGUUGUAGACAUUCUCAAUUUGAUAUUCAUUGGUGGUUUUGGGGGCUAAUUGAAAACACAAAACAUGAGUCUCUCUCAUGGACCGCUAGAAAUGUCUCAAAUGGCCGCUUCGACCCCAAAAUGCUUGGCUGUACGUCUUUGUGGGCGCCGCGUCGAAAAAUGUUCCCCACCUCCGCACUGAAGGGAAACUAUACAUACAACUCAUAUUAACACUUAACAAGCGUACGCAAGAAAGAAUUUGGAACGCUGUGUGACUCAUGAAUAUGGCCUUGUUUAUAACUUUGUAACUUAUUUUCCGUUUUUCAUUGUUUUUAUUAACUGUUUUGUGUAGCCCGACAUCAGCUUUGUGACGGAAAAGUUUUUUUUUUUAGAUAUUAACUGCACACAUAAUAUAGGCUGGCUGGAUAACAAAGUCCCGUUUUUAGUGUACUGUCCUGAUUACUUGUCAUCUAUGCAGAAGAAAAAUAUAUAUUUUGUUAUUUUUGAAUGAUGGGGAGGGGGGGACAAGUGAAGUGUUUAGUUGCAUUGACAGCUUUAUUCAUUAAGACCAGCAUUAAGAUUUAUUGGAUGCUGUAGCACCUACGAUGAUGAUGAUAAUGAUGAUGAUGGCUAUUAUUGCAAUAAGUCAAUGCAAAAAAAUAUAUACAGUAUAUGAAUAUAGAAAAACAUUUUAUAGAGAGCCACAUGAUGCUAACGAGAUGCUUGUUUCUUCUGAAAUUCAAUAAUAUAUUGAAUCCGUU